UUGAUCGACUGAGCACAGUGCACACAUCAGGUGUUUAAAAAAAAUAAAGGAAGAGAAAGAGAUCUACAGAACGACGAUGUCCAGGUGUUCUUUCACAACAGCACUCAAAAAGGAGCUGACUUGCUAAGUUGCUAGUGAUUUCACAGGGCAAAUUGUGGUGCCACCAUGGAAAUCGACGAUGGAGCGAGUGGAACCCUAGGGCCAGCGUCUUGCCCUUGGAUAAAGCGACUUGGCGUCAGGCCAUCAAUCCAACUGGACGCGAAAGAAACGCUUAAGGAAAUGGACGAUGUCAUCAGUCAGCUGAGGUCCUGGCAGGAAGAACACCAAGCAGAGCUGGAAAGAGUGAAGAAGCAGCACGAGGAUGAACUGCAGUUGCUUUCUAGCAAGAGCACGCCUUGUGCAAUUCAGGUGCUUUCAGACGAUUCUAGUGACGCUGAUGCUGACGCUGCCGACCCUGACGUGGAAACUGAUGACUGGGAGGAGCCUUCGUCAGAGAGUCUGACACAAACUGCAGAGGGCAGUAGCAACGGUGCAGAGACAGAGGCCAAGAAUGAUACACAAGAGCGCCGCAAUCCUCGACGGACUGUGGUGCCGAGAGGUACUGAGCACACUGAUCGGACGACAGCUGCAGUCGAUACGACUGGGAAGCUGGGUUAUCAUUCAGAAGCUGCCAGCAGAGCCGCAGGCAAUGCCCGAGAGGAGGAGGCCAAGCUCGCUGUGCGGGAUUUAACUCAAAGUGAGCUAGCCAUGCUCUAUGAUGCAUCCAGCCUCAACUUUGACUUCGACUUCAACCUUUCUUCCAAGAGGACUGAAGCAAAGGUGGAGGGAGGCGUCAAGACUCCCCAUUUGCAUCUCCUUAACGAACUUGAGGAGGAAGUAAUAGCGGAGGGCAGUGAGCUGAGUGGGACCCAGACCGAUCUCAACCUGCAACUGACGACAUACUGGCGCGAUCUGGAUACCGUUCUGGCGCAACUCGAUUCGCUGCCUAUAUCACGAACUCUGGACGACAAGAGCAGCAUUACCUCCUGAGUUGAAUCCGCCACCAGAUU